AUGGGCGUGAAUAAAGCAGCUAAGCAUUACGGCGUUCCGAGGUCAACUAUCCGGUCCCGUCUGAAAAUGAAAGAUCGCGCAGUGUAUCGGUCUGGACCAAUGUCGGUAUUAACCGAACAGGAAGAGGACGAGCUGGAAUCAUGGGUCUUUGACAGUCAGCGCAGAGGCAUACCGGUCACCAAAGAUAUGCUGAGGGAGAGUGUCAAGCACUUCCUUGAUGAAAAUCCACGAGACAACCCGUUUAUCAACAACUAUUCAGGCAUGAAAUGGCUAAAACUGUUCCUACAACGUCGACCAAAAAUAGCACUAAGGACUCCCGAGUUCAUUACAAACGCCAGUGCGAAGGUUUCACCUGACGACAUCAAAUCCUGGUUCCGACAAAUUGAAACAUAUUUGACAGAAAAAAAUCUCAUGCAUGUUCUGGAUGAUCCUCGCAGGAUUUUGAAUGGAGACGAAACCUCCUUCAAUCUCAACCCAAAAACCAAAACGGUUUUGGCAUUGCGUAGUAGCCGGAAUGUGUAUGAUGUUGAAAGGAACAGCAGUAAGCUCAAUGUCACUGUCAUGUUUACUUUCCAUGCGUCAGGGGAAACCGUGCCACCUACCAUCAUCUACCCGUACAAAAACAUUCCACAGGAUAUUGCCCAGUCAGUCCCCCCAACGUGGGGUAUUGGUAAGUCGGAUAAUGGGUGGAUGACGUCCUUCGUGUUCAGACACUACAUUGAGACUGCUCUUAACCCGUAUCUCGAACGAAAUCAAAUUAAGAAACCGGUAAUCUUUAUCAUUGAUGGGCAUAGCAGCCACAUUAACCUGGAAACAUCAAAAAUGUGCCAGGAUCUGGGUAUUGAGCUCAUUGCACUGUACCCAAAUGUGACCAGAAUCAUGCAACCCGCUGAUGUAUCGGCAUUCAAACCGUUAAAAAACGGUUGGCCAAAAGCGGUAGAAAGAUUUCGUAGGGACGAUCGGCUACGAAAGGUAACGCUGAAGGACUAUGCAGGUGUUCUUCAGGACUGUCUUCGACACUCGCUUACUACGAGAAGCAUCUCUAACGGAUUCAGGGCGUCGGGUUUAUAUCCAUGGGAUUGCAAUGCCAUAGAUUAUACUAAAUGUAUGGGUAAGUCUGCCGAGCAAGAGGUCUCUGAAGUGAUGUCAGAUGGGGUAUCCGAGGUUCCCCAAACGGACUUACAGAAAGCUAAACUAGCACUGGAACAGUACGCUUCAGUGAUAGGAUCAACGCGGGCUAAAAAAUUCAGGAGCGAUUUCAUUGUUCUCGACAAUCCUGAAGAAGAAGCUCUGUUUGACAUCUUUCGAAUCCUAGAAGAAGCAGCGCCCGAAGCUAUAAAUUCGUUGGAAUGUUGCAAUAACGAAGACGCCGAACUGAAUUUGAACACAAAUACGGCGGCCUUCGAUGUACCAGUUGAGCGGGAGGUUGAAGCCAACACGAGUGCUGACUCCUCAACAUCCGUUACCCCUGCAAUCGAUGACGAGCCCAUCGACAACGCCUCAGCAUCACAAAGGUCAUCACUGAAGGAUUUUUUGAUGCCACCUCCGACUCUGCAGCGUGAGAACAAGCGACAAUACCGAUCUAAACGGUAUCACGUUUUAACAUCAGAUGAGUUUGUUCGUGAGUUCUCAGAAAAGGAAGAAGAAAAGCGACGUUUGGCUGAAGAAAAGGAAAAUAGAAAGAAGCUUCGCGAAGAACGGAAAAUUGCGAAUGAGCUGAAAAAGAAACAACAAGAAGAGAAGAAAGCUUUAAAGAAACCACGGCGUGUACUUUCUAAGAAAAAAUGA